AUGGAGCCGGGCAGCAUUGAUAACUUGUCCAUCCUGUACCAGAGCUCUGACUUCAUUGUGGUCAACAAGCACUGGGAUGUUCGCAUCGACAGCAAGAUGUGGUAUGAGAAGCUGACCCUGCAGAGCCAGCUGAAGUACCGUUUCCCAGAGCUGGCUGACCCAGACACGUAUUAUGGCUUCAGGUUUUGCCAUCAGCUAGACUUUUCCACCAGUGGGGCCCUCUGCGUUGCUCUCAAUAAAGCGGCUGCCGGUAGCGCGUACAAGUGUUUUAAGGAACGGAUGGUGACCAAGGCCUACCUCGCUCUGGUCAGGGGCCACGUGAGCGAAAGCAGAAUGACGAUCCGUUAUGCCAUAGGGAAGAACACGACAGAAGGCAUGACCCACAUGAUGUGUAUUGAGGGGACAGAAGGCUGUGAAAAUCCAAAGCCUUGCCAGUCAGAGCUAAGCGUCCUUGAGCAUGGUUCAUACAGUGGUGACCCCGUAACUAAAGUGCUUCUACAGCCACUGACGGGCCGGACGCACCAGCUCCGGGUUCACUGCAGUGCUGCUGGACACCCCAUAGUGGGAGACUUCACGUACAGCUUUAAGAAGGACAGUAACCCGUACAGAAUGAUGCUCCAUGCUUACUACCUGCGGAUCCCUACCAGGAAGGAACUGAUUGAGGUGAGUGCCCCUGACCCCUUUCUGACCUCUCUGGAUAGCAACUGGGUCCCUCACCAUGUUGUGCACCGACUGGAUGAGAUGAUCCAGGAACUGAAGGACAAGACUAUCCGGGCAGAGGAAGAGGAGAGGAACCAGGAAGCAUUGCUUAGUAGUGGAGGAGAGGAGAUGCCGAGCAAAACCAAGACCCUGGAGAGAGAGGAAGAACGAACCAAGUGUGAGCAGUGGUUGGCGGAGUGGGCCUUGGCAUGA